GAAGCGGAAAUGGUGGCGAUUUGGAGUAGGAGUCUUAGGGGGCUCAGUUAGCCCGGGUUUAAAGCAAACUCUCAGACCCCGGGAGAGGAGAAGGCGAGACGAGGAAUGGGCCUCGGCACAGGGCCAUAACGAGUGCAUAGAGGUUCGCAGGGUGGGAAGGCCAAGUGGAGAGCGGACCUGCUGCCAGCGCGCGCUCCUCCGCCUGCAAGAUGAGCUCCAAAGGCAAGAAACGCGUGGUGCUGCCCACGCGCCCCGCGCCGCCCACGGUGGAGCAGAUCCUGGAGGACGUGCGAGGGGCGCCCCCCAACGAUCCUGUUUUCACCGCCCUGGCCCCAGAAGAACCCCCAGAUCUAUCUCCAAGGGCCGAGGACCCUGAGGCCUGGCUCGAGCAACUCUAUCAACAAAGCCGGGCCUAUGUGGCCAUGAAUGAGAGGCUGCGGCAGGCGGGGGACACACUGAGGCAGAAGUUCAAGGACCUUCGGCAGGCUGAUAAGAGGCUAGAACAGGAUGUUAGCCAGGUGACCUCAGCCACCUCCUAGAGACGAGGCUACACCUGAGGACGGCCGUCCAGCUCCAGGCACCUUGGCAGCCUUUGUUCCCUCUUCCAUCCUUGAUGGCCUCCAAGUUGGGGUGGGACUUACGGUCAUGGCCACCUCUUCAUUCAUGGGGGCAUCAGCCUGGAUGGCGUCCAGGACUUGGCAGAGGUUGGGGCUCAGAACCAACCUGCCCCACAGUGGCCAGCCCUCUGCUCCUACUUCCGCCUCAUGUUGGCCUGGGCAGCGAGGGUCUCCAUCCCCAGCAUCUGCAGCAGGCCAGAACCUGUAUGUCCAGCCUCACCGUGGUUGACUGCCUCCUUCUGGCUCGGGUCCUGCAGGGUCCUGCUGUCUUGCCUGCUCUCUGGUCUCAUCUCCCUGGGGUGGAGGGAACUCGGCUAGGGGGUUUUCACUCUGGGGAGUCCAGGAGUACGGGAGGAGCCCAGAGGCGGGGUGACAGUGCAUGGAUCCCUGCGGGGGCCUGUGUCCUGCAGGCUCUGCUGGACACCCACAGGACGUGGUGGACGUUACCCUCUGGACUGGGGCUUCAGUUGACCUUGCUGACCUACUGCUCUGGAGUGAGCAGGCUUUGUUUUUGGAAAAUCAGAGAAAAUUCUGGGUCUCACCCCCCCCCCCCCCCCCGUGAGCUGGACCCUGGAUCACUAGGGCCCAAGUCCACUCCAGCCCCUUUGCGCCUUAGGCGCUGGCCACCCCACACGCUUCCUCACGUCCCAAGAUGACUGGGACUGUUUGGCUUGUGACUUAUUCCUGCCGUUCCCAUUCCUAGUGGUCACAGAGUGUUUACUCUGGGUUCCCGGAUCCCGGCCCCCACAGCUCGUCAGUGGCUGAUGUCCAAAAGCAAAUGGCCAGGUGUGGUUUGGCUGACCCUGACGCGACCUUGGCUCUAGCAACUGUCGGUUCGCAGGGAGCUUGGGCCCCUGCACCAGCAGCGCCUUGUAGCUGCAGUAGAAGGUUCUAGAAUGACCUCCCCCAUCCAGAGCCCAUGUUGACGAUUAACAGCCCAAAGUGACUCAAUGGCUUGCUUUAUUAAAGAUGUGAACGAGAA